AUUCUAGUAGAUAUCUCAUUAUGGGCUGAGAGCCCUAGAAAACUUGGAGGGCUGGGCUACACAACUGGGGAUGAUGGUGAAGUUCUGGCAAUCACAGGUUUCGGCCUUCUUGUCUUUCAACUUUUGCUAUAUCCAUGUGUGGAGAGGAUUCUUGGACCGAUAACAGUAAGUCGAAUUGCUGGGGAAAAAACUCAACAAACUGUUAUUAUAUUCAUACCACGAUUGGCAAGUUACCCUUUUAUAGCCAUGUUAUCGGGGCUCGGCCUCAGCGUGGUGAUCAGUGUAGCAUCUACAAUCAAGAGUUUUCUUUCUGUGUCAAUUGCAACUUGCUUGUUUAUUCUGCAAAACAAUGCCGUGGAUCGAAACCAAAGAGGAGCUGCUAAUGGCAUUGCUAUGACAGCAGUGUCCCUUUUCAAAGCGGUCGGUCCUGCUGGAGGUGGUUCGCUGUGAUGUUAAAAUGCAGAGGACCAGACUGUUUUCUUCAUCCUGAAUGCGGUUGACUUCAUUGGAGUGCUGAUGACCUUCAAACCUUUCCGAGCACAAAAGCAAGACAAACAAAAAAUGGGACCAACUAGUUUUCAAAUGUAACAAUGUUGAAUAUAUAUAUAUAUUUGGCAUGGUAUUGAUAUCAGGACAAGGGUUAUUGCAUUUACAAUUAAAGUUUUUUGACUUCGCCUCUGAAGGCUUCAUUUCCUUGCGUAGUACACCAAUAAGAUGACCCCUCAGGUAUGGGUUUAGAGGACAACCCCUCCCAAGCCAGAUGUGACGCUUUGUUUAGGCUUCCCUUGUUAGGUUUACAGAUAGAAGGGUUGUUCUGGAUCGAGAGACCAGUUGGCUCUUCCUAGUCUUGAAUAUGACUGCAUGGGUUUACUUUCUUUCUAAGAGUUAGCUGGCGAAGGGUAAAUGAUUGAAUUUAGGAAUCCAACAUCCUCAGUGGAAGAAGCCAAGCCAGUAGCGAAGAGGGGAUUGAUUUGAACAAAUAAAGUAGUGCUCGGGGCAGCCCCUUAUCGUGAGAGAUUAACGGGUGGCGGGCACUCCAUCCACAAAGGGUGAACUAUGGCUUAGGCUAAAAGGAAAAGGGAUUUGGUUGGCCAUCGCCCUUUGGUUUGGGCUCUUUCGAGACAACUCCUUCCGUUCGAGACUAGUUGCUGCCUGAGACCGUGGAUUUAACUACUCCUUCCUCACCAGCAGGGACCCUUCCUCUGAUUAGGCGCCGAUACUGAGUCAUUCCAGUAGGGAUUGCUCCUUUACUUUAGGUUUAGGUAUCGAUGAGUCAUUUCCUGUAUUUGCAGGGGCUCGAUAGCGAAGGAAAAUGAGCCCGUGAAGUUCCCCCGAGCCCUCUGCUGGACCGGCAGGGUGGAAAGUCUUUCCUCUCUGUUAAUGAGGCAAUAGAUUGGUGUGUUAACAAAUUA